AUUAAUUAAGGUACAUGCCAAACACAAAUGUCAUUUAUUAAUUUAGUUACAACAUAAAUCAAUCCUUCGAAGCAUCAUAAAUUGCAGUUACUGUUGUGUGUAGCAGUAAUUUAUUAAAUUAUUAUUGUAAUUGGCGUAGCAAACUACAACUUUUUUUUUUAUUAUAUAUUAUCGCUGCAAACAACAAUUAAAAACAUGGAUUGUAUUGAUGCGUCAUGGAUUAAAUCAAAUGCAUAGCAGAUUCAUGCUUUCCUUCUACAUCGUUGAGUAACAAAUGAGCAUAUUAUCCUUGAAGAAUGUCCCAGUCAAGCCAUGUGGGUUCAGCUUCUUCUUCACCAUAUCACUCUCACUUUCAAAGCCCUACGAAGAGAAGAACAAAACAAAGGUCAUGCCUUUUAUCAUCCUUAUUUGCCAUUGCUUUCAUGGUAGCGUUGGUUUCGGUUCUCUACUGGCUCGGCUCAUUAGGCCCGGCCCAUGAGUGGAGUCGGCCCAUUGGAUCAGAAGUUGUGGCGGUGGGAGAGGUGUCGGGGCCCGAAGACUUGGCUUACGACAAGAGACGGCGCGUGAUUUACACCGGCUGCGAGGAUGGGUGGAUCAAGCGAGUCACGGUGACUGACUCGGUGGCUGACACGGUGGUAAAAAACUGGGUCAACACGGGCGGAAGACCUCUUGGACUUGCUCUUGAAAAAAGUGGGGAACUCAUGGUUGCGGACGCGUUUAAGGGAUUGUUGAGAGUGACAAGGAAAAAGAAAGUUGAGGUACUGGCAGAUGAAGUUGAGGGCUUGAAAUUCAAUUUAACAGAUGGUGUUGAUGUAGCAGAAGAUGGUACCAUUUAUUUCACAGAUGCCACAUACAAACACUCUUUGGAUGAUUACUACAAUGACAUAAUUGAAGGCAAGCCUCAUGGUAGGUUCAUGAACUAUAAUCCAGAAACAAAAAAGGUAACUGUGCUUGCCCGCAACCUGUACUUUCCUAAUGGAGUUGUAGUCUCACAUGAUCAACAUUUCGUGAUAUACUGUGAAACUAUCAUGAAGAGGUGUAGAAAAUAUUAUAUAGAGGGUCCUAAAAAGGGAAGAAUAGGGGAAUUUUGCCGCGACCUACCUGGCAUGCCAGAUAAUAUUCAUUAUGUUGGACAGGGACAAUAUUAUAUUGCAAUGGCCACGUCCUUAACUCCUGAAUGGGAUUUAUUACUUAGAUACCCUUUCAUUCAAAAAGUUGCGGCAAUGGUUACAAAGUAUGUACUACAACCAAAGGAGAAUGGAGGAGUCCUUGUUGUGGAUUUGGAAGGAAAACCAACUGCACACUAUUAUGAUUCUGAAUUAUCAUUAAUCUCAAGUGGGAUAAAAAUUGGAAAUUAUAUAUAUUGUGGCUCCCUUAUGUAUCCCUUUUUAGUACGUUUUGACAUGAAGCAAUAUCCUGCUCCCUUCCCUUAUAUGAACGACGAAAUUAUAUCAGCCACACAAAAUUACUUAAAUAGGCUCACUUAAUUAAAGUCUUGUAUAUGUUACUUUAUAUUUAUAAAAGCUGUUAGAUGGUGUCACUAUUAAAUGAGGAUCGGAGUGGCACUAUUAGAUGGUUUCACUUAAUUAUUUCAAACUAUCCUUUUUUUAUCUUUAACUUUAUAUUUGAUCUUCUCAA